AUGAUGCUUAAUGAAAUUAAUAACGUUUGUUGCUCAGGUUUUGUUGAAAACGAUAGUGUUAGACUUAAAGUAGUAGGUAUUAUAAAUACUAUUGCUUUUCAAAAAGCUCGAAUAUGUGCAGAAAAAUUACAUCAACAUAUGCCAAUUAAAUUUACAACUCCUCAAAUUAUAGAAAUGUUUCAAGUAGAUUGGUACGAAUAUAUUGAAAAGAGGAAAAGGCAAAUUGGUGGUAAAAUGUGGUCUUUAACACGGACUGUAGCAGUCUUUAUUAAUGACAAAUUCCUCGGUAGUGAUGUGGAAUUUGUACAUUAUAUAAGUGAAUCUUAUAUUUUUAGUUUACCUGUUAGUAUAGGGUAUUACGAAAACCUUGCCAUGGAACGGUGUAAACUAUUCAUGGAAAAAUCUAAGAGAAAAUAUGUUUACUUUACAUUUGCUGAAAAUGGUUUUAUAAUUGGCUCUUUUAUGUUUAUGCUGUACUCUGAUUUGUUACCAUUAACUUGUCAACAUUUUUUAAAUCUUUGUAUUGGAUAUGACGAAGUAGCAAAAUGUUAUAGAGAUUCAUAUUAUGUAAAUACAUAUGUACAUCGUAUAGUAAAAAAUGGAUGGAUUCAAUGUGGAGGCACUAGAUUACCUAAAAUCAAUGAUAAUUCUGUAAAUAAUAUUAAUGUGAUACCUGAUGAGUCUUAUUGCAUUCCUCAUGAUCGUCGUGGAGUUCUCUCAAUGGCAAAUGACGGAAAACAUUGCAAUGAAUCUCAGUUUUUUGUAUGCUUAAAACCCAAUCCAUGGAUGAAUUAUCACUACGUUGCUUUUGGACAGCUUGUGGAUGGAAUUAAAACUUUGAAUACAUUAGAGAGUAUAACGACAUACUAUGAACAUCCUACUAAACAGAUAGUAAUUUCAGAUUGUGGAGAAUAUCUUUUUAUAGAUGAACCCAAAAUGGAGACAGAAUCAAAAGUUUUCCUUCAUCAGCCACCAAUAUCUAUGGAAGGAGAAGAUACAGGAUAUAGCAAUACUGGAUUUGAUUUCUAUUCUAUUACAUCUUGGCUUGAUAAUAUUGUAGAUACAAUAGAUGUUCGUGAUACAGCUUCCAUUUUAAUGGCUGAACGAUAUUUAAAUGGCCUUUAUUGUCUUUCGUCUGAUUAUUUGACAGGCAUGGAUAUGCGUAUGUAUGAAGAAGUUCAUUUAAUUCCAAAACAUAGAUGUGAAAGCAUAACCGAGUCUAUGCUUUAUCAGUUAUUACAGCAGUUUCAUCCAGACCAAAUGACUAAAGAGGACAAAUUAAUGUUUAUUUCGCAAAUUUCUAAAAUCAUUCUGGCUUAUGUCUUUUGUUAUAAAGAGAAUAAAUUCUGUUUGAAACAUAUUUCAAUUGAUACUCGUGAAAUUAUACAUAAAGUAUUAGAAGUUGCACACCAAAUAGCUUUAAAAGCUGUUGAAAAAGCAAAACUUAUGCAAAAAUGUGGUGACUUAAAGAUUGUUAGCAUAUUAGAAGCAAAACAAAUUGAAGUUGAUUUACUAAUCUCAGAAAAUUGUAUAUCAUUGUUACAAGAUAUCUUAAAUGAAGCCAUAUUAUGUUUGUUGAAGUCUUUUGACAUGCAAGAAUAA